CAUCUUUCUCCCUGAAAGAAACGUCAAAUGGUCCCCUCGAUCCCGGCGGAUUGAUCCCUCGCGAUCGCUUUUUCCCGUGAUCAAUAACUACCCCUCUUUCUCUUUCACCGUUCAAUUUUUAAUACUCUAUCUUUUCUAUCCAUAAAAUGCCUCCACCACCACCGCCGCCGCCUCCGCCGCCCGGUGGUAUGGGAGGGCCCCCUCCCCCUCCCCCUCCAGGAGCUCUCCCGAGUAGGCCAUCAGGUGCAGAAGCGAAGGGCCGGGGUGCCCUUCUCUCGGAUAUCCAUAAAGGCGCCCGACUUAAGAAGACUGUAACCAAUGACAGAUCAGCGCCCCAGAUUGCUGGGGGAGGAGCGAAGUCGUCUGGCCCUCCGAUUGCAGGCGCACCGCCCGUUCCAACCAUGCCAAAGCUCCCGGGUUCGGCACCACCGGUACCCGGACAAGCAGCGAACAGACUACGAAGUGAUAGUGGAGCUGGUUCAGGGGGUGAUAAUAGCGCGGCUUUACCGGCAGCGCCACAGCUGGGAGGUCUCUUUGCUGGAGGAAUGCCCAAACUACGCAGCCGUGGAGGAGUUGACACCGGAGCCAAUCGAGAUUCGCCAUAUCGAUCAGAAUCACAAGGCUCGUCGGCACCGAAACCUCCCGUGUCGCCUGCUCCGAAGCCUCCAGGAGCUCGUCCUCUUCCGCUGCCUUCCUCAGAGUCUCCUCCCGCCCCUCCUGUUAACCCAUUGGUUGCUGGCCUGAAGAAGCCUCCCCCAAAGCCCGCCUCGCGGCCAUCCUCUACAGUCUCAAAUGCAUCGGCUAGGUCGGCGCCAGAUGCUCCACCCCCUCGUGCACCACCACCGUUGCCAGGCUCAGCAAAGCCGCCUCCACCACCUCCCGUGUCCUCUAGGAAACCAUCAGCCCCGGCUCCUCCUCCUCCUGCUGCUGCACCCCCUUCUACAAGUCCAGCUGCGCCACCUCCACCUCCACCUACAGCCCGACCACCUCCCCCAGCGCCUGCGCGAUCUACCCCUCCUCCACCUCCACCACCUCCGCCCCCUGCAGCCUCAGCACCGCAGCCACCUAACGGAACCGCUGUUGCAUCAAUAGCUGUUCAAGCUGCGAGGAACGCUCUUGGGCAGAGUCAGCAGACACCUUCAGCCCCGCCCCCGCCCCCGCCCCCACCCGCUUCAUCCGCCCCUUCAGCACCCCCUCCACCUCCUCCGAGUGCUCCCCCAAGCGCCCCUCCGAGCCAGCCACCAUCACGCCCGUUAUCCCACGAGCCUCCAGCUAGUCAACUCCCGGAUCGAUCUACACUAGAUCCGAGCGCGUACACCCUGAGCAACGGCGGGCCGUCAUCAGGGUCGAGCCCUCUAAGUUCAGCAGCGCAUGGGAUGAUUCGUGUAGAAGAUGUUCGGUUCAAGUUCCAGAGCGAAGGUUUAUUCCCCAAGCCUCGGCCUUUUGUAGGAGGCCCCAGACGAUACCGUGCUGGACGAGGUAGCAGCGUGCCAUUGGAUUUGAGCGCAUUGAGUGGCUAGGAUACUGUUCUAGAUAACGAACAGACUAGGGGCUUAUCAAUUUGCUUUGCAACUUCAAGUUGCAUCUUGUUAUCGGGAUAGCCA